GGGUCACAAACAGAAUAAAAAUAAAAUAAAAAUACCUGGAAAAUACCAGAAACUUUUACACCUGACGUCACACGGUUGUGCUAAUAAAUGAAAACGCCAGAGACAGUUACAUUUGUCUUAUUUUUUAUUUUUUUUAAUGAUGUGGUCGAAGUUUUUGAAACCUUAUUUCGCAACUUAUCGUGAUGGUUCCAAAUUAAUCAAGCAAAAUCACUCGACAGCGGUUUGUAAUAACUUGUCUGAAACAUUCCCUGAAGAACCUUGCGGACCUUGCAUAAAAACCCCAAUUCCUGGACCUAGGACCAAGCAACUUCUAGAAGACCUCAACAAAAUACAACAAGCGAAUUCAACAUCUAUUUUCGUAAACUAUGACAAAUGCGCUGGAAAUUACUUAGUCGACGCAGACGGUAAUACUUAUCUAGAUCUUUACACUAAUAUUUCGACCAUACCGCUUGGCUAUAAUCAUCCAGAAUUGCUUCAAGUUUUCAAUAAACAACACGAAUUGAGAAGUCUUAUUAAUCGUCCAGCUUUGGGAGUAUUUCCUGGAGAAGAUUGGCCUGCAAGAAUGAAAAAUAUAAUAAAUAUGAUAGCUCCUUACGGUUUAACUCAACUAAAUACAAUGAUGUGCGGGGCAUGUGCCAACGAAAAUGCUUUCAAACACGCAUUUAUGGCUUAUAGGAGGAAAAUGCGUGGAAAUGACAAUUUCAGCAGAGAAGAAAAAGAUACAGCCCUCCUCAACCAAGUCCCUGGUAUUCCAAAACUAUCUAUCAUGUCUUUCAAAAACUGCUUCCACGGUAGAACUCUCGGUACCCUUUCUGCAACCAGAUCCAAAUUCAUCCAAAAGAUUGAUAUACCUGCGUUUGAUUGGCCUUGUGCGCCAUUUCCUCAGUACAGAUAUCCUUUGGAAGAAAAUUGUGAAUUUAAUAUAGAAGAAGACAAUAAAUGUUUGGCGGAAGUUGAACAUUUAAUGGAUAGGUGGUGUAGGAAAGGAAUGCCAGUCGCAGGAAUUAUUGUUGAACCAAUCCAAUCUGAAGGAGGCGACAAUCACGCUUCUCCAUCGUUCUUCAGAAAACUGCAAUCGAUUGCCAGAAAUAACAACGCUGCCUACAUAUUGGACGAAAUCCAAACCGGAGGAGGUCCAACUGGGAAGUUUUGGUGCCACGAAUAUUUCGACUUGGAUUGCCCUCCAGACAUUGUUACUUUUAGCAAAAAGUUGCAAUUGGGAGGAUACUUUUCUACUGAAGACAUGAAACCGCAACAGCCAUUUAGAACUUUCAACACCUGGAUGGGCGAUCCAGGAAAAGUAAUCAUUCUAGAAAAAUGUUUGAAGAUAAUUAUGAGGGAUAAAUUAAUUGAAAAUGUCUGUUCAACAGGAAAGUACACUUUAGAAUGUCUGGAGCAGAUUCAAAGCGAUUUUUGUCCCACAAUUCAUUCUGUUAGAGGCCGGGGUACUUUUAUAGCAUUUACUGCAGAAACGCCAGAAAAAAGGAAUGAAAUUAUCAAAAGGCUGAAGUCAAAAGGUGUAUGGUCAGGAGCUUGCGGUAGUGCUAGUAUCCGCCUAAGACCCACCCUAAUGUUUCAGCAAAAACACGCUGACAUAUUUUUGGAUAUUUUAACAAAAGUGAUACAAGAGACUAGAUGUCCUAUACGUAAAUCAGGUCCCGAACUAUCACCGUGUAAUAUUGAUAAAGAUAAAUAUCGAGUUCCACCACCUGAUGCUAGUACUCCUCAGAUCAAUCUGAAGGAUUGUUAAAUGAAUAGUUUAUCCUUUAAUUUUUUUUAUACAUUAUUUUAUUAAAUAAUUUUUUUGAUAAUU